GGGGGCCCCCGCACUGCUGAGGAGCGGAGCCUCCGCCUGGGGGACCCCCCAUCCCAGUCUGUCCCUCAACUGCGCGUCCCCGCCCCACCCCCCACGGCUGGGCCACCAGUGGUGCGGCGGUCUCCGCUUGGCGGAGGAGCUUUGAACCGCCACCUGCCGCGUUCCACAGCCUUUUUGCAUCUCGGAUUUCGGGGCAGCCCCCUCCCCCACCUUUCCCUGCCUCCUUGCGCCCCGCUUUUUUCUGCGUUUCGUUCGGGUUUUGUAGCCGUCUGUUCUUGCAUCCCUUUUCGUUUUGCUUCUAGACGGUUUGMGGGGUGAAACUGCAUUCGCACCCCUUCCCCUUGUCAUCCUCCCCUGCUCUGACAGCCCCCCUUUUCAUCGCAGUCGGGGGGCCUAAGAUCGGUGCACCUCCGCCGGGCUGCUAGCACCCCGCAGCGCGUGGCCGUGCACCCCGGAAUUUACAGCAGCUGCAUAUCUGAGGGGGGGUCUCCCUCGCUCCCUCCGCCUUCGCUUCCCGCUCGUUCCAGUGCGUGAAGGGUUUCGGCGCGCAUCACCCCCGCUUCUCUGCAGCCCCCGGCCCCGCCUCAGGACUCUCCCCGCGCGGCCAAGAUGGUCAUCCAGAAAGAGAAGAAGAGCUGCGGGCAGGUGGUUGAGGAGUGGAAGGAGUUCGUGUGGAAUCCGAGGACGCACCAGUUCAUGGGCCGCACUGGGACCAGCUGGGCCUUCAUCCUCCUCUUCUACCUUGUCUUCUAUGGCUUCCUUACGGCCAUGUUCACCCUUACCAUGUGGGUGAUGCUGCAGACUGUCUCUGACCAUACACCCAAGUACCAGGAUCGACUGGCCACACCGGGCUUGAUGAUUCGCCCCAAGACUGAGAACCUUGAUGUCAUUGUCAACAUCAGUGACACUGAAAGUUGGGAUCAGCACGUUCAGAAGCUCAACAAGUUCUUGGAGCCUUACAACGACUCCAUCCAAGCCCAAAAGAAUGAUGUCUGCCGCCCUGGGCACUAUUACGAACAGCCAGAUAAUGGGGUCCUCAACUACCCGAAACGUGCCUGCCAAUUCAACCGGACCCAGCUGGGCAACUGCUCUGGCAUCGGGGACCCUACCCACUAUGGUUACAGCACUGGGCAGCCCUGUGUCUUCAUCAAGAUGAACCGGGUGAUCAACUUCUAUGCAGGUGCAAACCAGAGCAUGAAUGUUACUUGUGCUGGGAAGCGAAAUGAAGAUGCUGAGAAUCUUGGUCACUUUGUCAUGUUCCCUGCCAAUGGCCACAUUGACCUCAUGUACUUCCCCUACUAUGGCAAAAAGUUCCAUGUGAACUACACACAGCCCCUGGUGGCUGUGAAAUUCCUGAAUGUGACCCCCAACGUGGAGGUGAAUGUGGAAUGCCGCAUCAAUGCUGCCAACAUCGCCACAGAUGAUGAGCGAGACAAGUUUGCUGGCCGUGUGGCCUUCAAACUCCGCAUCAACAAAACCUGAGGUCCCUCUUCCUCCCGCCCCCACUUCUCCUGUGGAUGCUUCUGGAAUGUCCCUGACCCUGCCUGAUCCCUCCCUCACCCCCAAAGGUAUUUUUUAUAACAGAGCUAUGACUUGUCUGAGCCUCACCCCCUUUUCCUUGACUUUUCAACCCAAUCUGAUGUCCACUGUGAUUCCCUGACUAUACACAUUGUCCACCAUCUUUUGAGCCACCUACACUUAGCUCAGUCAGAGACAAAUAGAUUGACUACCAAGAUGACCACAGAGAAGUUAGGAGUCUUUCUAGUUCUGAGUUAGUUGUGAGCUCCCACUUCUGCCCUCAUUCCCUGAGAGCAUAGAAAAUGCCUACUUACACACACACACACACACACACACACACACAUCUCAUUUCAGCCCUUUCCUUCACAGAAAUGAACCUGGUACUCCCUUCUCCCAUUCCUAAGCUCUAGCUCUUGUACCCUUCUCUCUUGCAUCCUUAUUUCCUAUCUCUACAGUUGCUGUCUUGGUAGCUUUGACUUUUCUGGUUCCUCAGCAGGUCUUUCCUCUCCUCCUGCCUAUCCUUAUUCCCUCCUCUAAAAGGCAGCCAUUUGUAAUUAAGGACAAGUUGGUUCUGUGGCCUUUUCCCUCUUUCAUGGCACAUCCUGCUUCAUCUCAUGGUGACUCCAUGAGCCAGCAAAUGAGGAACUGAGAGAGGAGUUCAUGUUGAUUCCUCUAGAAAAUUCUGUAGUGAUCCCUGAUUCCACUUCCUUCUGGUCCCUCCUGUUAUCCAAAUAGCUACUACUCAGAGAAGCCCGCUUGACCUAGGCUGAAUAUCUACUUUGUUUUUUACCGAUAGCUCCCUUCCCCCAUUUGCCUUCCCAGAAUAUCCUUCAAGUUCUAUUUCCCAGGGAGCUCUGGGGGAGGGGCAGCCAUCUUGGCUCCAUCCCCAGUGGCCACCUUAGAAAUGUCAGCUGGCUGGGGGGACUAGUCCACCUCCUUCCCCUGAGCCCAGAGCUGCCCCCACCAUCCUCUCUCUGGCUUUUCCUAACAAGUUAUGGGCUGACCACAACCCUCCUUCCCUUCCCUUUGCAUGCCAGCCUGAAAGUUUCAAAUACUCCCCUCAAUCUAGGCUCUGAAUUUCUUGGCUCCAUCUCCUUCAGACCCGUUUGCCUUUUUAAAAAAACCCAUAAUGCCCAUAGAAUGUUAAAUGAGGGGCCUCCUGCUCUGAGUAUUCCUUAGUUAGAGAGGCAUUUUUAACUCCUUCUCCUCUGGUUUCCCUUCUCUUCCCCACCGUCUCUAACUUUCCUUUUCUUUAUUAAUGCUGCAGCCUCUGCACUCCACCCACAAGUGGAGUUUUCCUUUCCCUGGAUCUCUCUCUUCCUUUUGGGUCCCCAUGUUUUCCUGCACCCCCCCCCCAAUGGUCUCUGCAGUUAUUUAAUGCCUGUGUCAGAUCUACUGUAAAAAGAGGAUAAAGUACAAUAAAAUAAGAGCAAUUAUAUAUAUAAAUAUAUAUCAUACACG